AUGCCGAGCCGAAAGGAUGGUCUUCUCAGACUACAGAAGGACCAGCAGUGUUACUUCUAUGCUCCAGCAACUAGGGUGGCCAUUUCUCCAACAGCGCAGAGCCCAUACAAAGCUCCGCAAGAGGUCAUGGACUCCACUAUCUGGUACCAUUUGCUAGAACCCAGUGUUACUAAAGAUCAUUCUUUCCAGACACCAUAUUCGCCCCUGGAACAGCCUUCUCCAGUCAGUAGUCAGCUGCGCAACCAUCGACAGCUUCAAGACGGAAGUACUACCAGUGACCCUCCGAUAGACAGUGUAGAUCGCUCACAGUCGCACUCAAAGUUUAUAACCUCACUUUUAAAAUGUUCUUAUUGCGCGUGUCAUGCGCUAAUAGUUAACAUACACGCCAUCAUGGCCCAGUUGUUUGUCAUCACGAUUCUAUUGUGGACCUUGGAGUACUCUAACUGCAAUGGCUGUCCAACAAUGGACACAGCUUUUGGAUGGAUUGGUUCAUCACCAGUAUUUACCUACACAGUUGAUUUGACAAUUGAUAAGGAUAAACCUGUAGCUUAUACGCUUUAUACCCCGACUCAACACCCGCUACUCGCUGUGAGCUAUUAUAAUGGAGCUGUGUUCCGUGAUGCAGUUUACAACAACUGUGCUUUGGCUCAAGGAGGAAACAUAUCAGCAGGUUUUCUGAACAUUCAGUUGUUUCCACUACAAGCAGGACAGCAGGGCACAUACACAUAUACCAAAACGAAUGUUGUACAGAAAUGCAUUACUCUUUACAUAUACGGUGUCCCGAUACAGCCCACAAUCGGUUCCAAUACCAAGGUUGCAUACGAAGGAAGUUCGGCAGUUCUCACAUGCAACAGCACAUCCACAACUUUACCAGGUGGUCACAACCUGAUAAUGACUUAUGAAUGGAGACGAGAUGGUGCCAUAGUCAUUACAGAAGGGCGAUUCACUCUGGACCUAACCACAGGGAGAACACUCACUAUUUCUAACAUCAACAGAAAUGAUGCACUGUACAGUUUCUCCUGCAGCGCCACAGAGCAGAGUGGCAACACGUCACUUCUAAGCUCUUUGUUCAAUCUGGCAGUCGGCUAUGGUCCAGAGUUGCUGACGCUUUCUCCAUCUAACAUAUCCUACACACUGGAUGAGAAUCAGCGCCUGAAUGACAUCACUUGCUCAGCCACCUGUUCUCCUGUCCAAUGUACUUAUGAAUGGAGAAAGUCUGAAGGAGGUGCAGUCAGCAGCAGUGGUGUACUUUCACUGGGAACUCUAGAGAGAGGGGAGGCAGGCACCUACACAUGUACUGCAAGCAAUCCAGGGUCGGCAGCCACAACUAGCAGCCAGCAAAUUGCAAUCUUGGUCAGAUAUGGCCCAGAGCUGGUUAAACUGUCUCCAUCUAACACCUCCUAUACAUUGGAUGAGAAUCAGCGCCUGAAUGACAUCACCUGCUCAGCCACCUGUUCUCCUGUCCAAUGUACUUAUGAAUGGAGAAAGUCUGAAGGAGGUGCAGUUAGCAGCAGUGGUGUACUUUCACUGGGAAAUCUAGAAAGAGGGGAGGCAGGCAACUACACAUGUACUGCAAGAAAUCCAGUGUCGGCAGCCACAGCUAGCAGCCAGCAAAUUGGGAUCUUGGUCAGAUCCUAA